GUGUACUGUAGAGUGUAUACUGUAGAGUGUAACCUGCCUGGAGGGAGAUGGAUCAUAAGUCAAACGUCGGUUGAACGUUUCCUGUGUAUUUGUUUUUUGGUGAAUAUCAGUUUAUAUCAAUAAAUCAGGAUGUCGUUGGCUGACGAGUUGCUAGCGGACCUGGAGGAUGACAACGACGAGCAGAGCAUGGUCCCGGAGUAUAAGGACGAACCUGAAAAGGAUCUGCAGCCGAUUGCAGACGAAAUGAAGGUGACAUCAUUGGACCAACUGGCAAAGCUCUACUACUCAGAUAGGCUCCAGAUGAUAACUGACGAGAUGGAGAAGUAUGCAAAUAAAAGCUGCAACCUGGGAUUAUAUAGGACUAUAAAUGGCCCGGUCGAGGCUGAUCCUGAAUACCAGCUAAUUGUAGAAGCGAACAACCUUGCCGCAGAAAUAGAUAAUGAGAUAGUGGUAAUUCAUCGUUUUGUCAGAGAUAAGUAUUCAAAAAGGUUCCCUGAAUUGGAGUCACUUGUCAUCGAUCCACUUGAAUACCUUAGGACAGUUAAAGAAGUUGGCAACGACUUGGGCCAAGCAAAAAACAACGAAGUCUUGCAGCAGUUUCUUACUCAAGCGACGAUUAUGGUCGUAUCUGUCACUGCAUCUACAACUCAAGGAGAAUUGUUGACUGAGAAAGAAUUGGAUGACAUUACUGAAGCGUGCAACAUGGCUAUUAAUUUAAACGCGACAAAACUUAGGAUAUAUGAGUAUGUUGAGAGUCGAAUGUCGUUUAUUGCUCCUAAUCUUUCAGCCAUUAUUGGAGCUUCGACGGCAGCAAAAAUAAUGGGUGUAGCCGGUGGUUUGACAAAUUUAUCGAAAAUGCCCGCUUGCAAUGUCCUUUUACUUGGAAAUCAGAAAAAAACUUUAGGAGGCUUUUCACAAGUGAACGCCCUCCCUCACACAGGGUUUAUUUACCAUUCGCAAUUCGUUCAGGAUACUCCACCGGAUCUAAGAAGAAAAGCUGCAAGGCUUGUCGCAAACAAAUGCACUUUGGCUGCACGCGUUGAUGCAAGCCAUGAAGCAAAAGCUGGCAAUAUCGGCCUCACAUUGCGACAAGAAAUUGAAAAGAAAAUAGAUAAACUCAUGGAACCCCCACCAGUUAAAUUUGUUAAACCGUUGCCAAAGCCCAUCGAUCCAGCAAGAAAGAAGCGAGGGGGUAAAAGGGUAAGAAAGAUGAAAGAAAGAUAUGCAAUGACUGAAUUGAGAAAACAAGCCAAUAGGCUUAAUUUUGCUGAGAUUGAAGAUGAUGCUUAUCAAGAAGAUCUAGGCUAUACCAGAGGAACAAUUGGAAAGACUGGCACCGGAAGAAUUCGGAUGGCUCAGGUCGAUGAAAAGACAAAAGUCCGAAUUAGCAAAACCCUACAAAGAAACCUUCAGAAACAACAGCAAACUUGGGGUGGGAGUAGCACCGUCAAAAAGCAAGUCUCGGGUACAGCUUCAAGUGUCGCUUUUACACCUUUACAGGGUUUGGAAAUUGUGAACCCACAGGCGGCCGAGAAAAAUGCUAUAGAGUCCAACAAAUAUUUUUCAAAUACUGCUGGAUUUGUAAACGUUCAAAAGUAAUAUUUAUAAGACAUGCAAAUAUUUACUUCUUUAAGAUUAUUUACUGUUUAUAAUUUGUAAAAAUAAGU